CUGAGAGCACCUCUGCCAGCCAAGCCGGAGCUGGAGCCGUGCUUUGUUCUGGUGGCUGCUGCCUGCACCCUCCGGCGUCUGGGUCCACCCCCGCUUCCCAGCUCCCUUCUCCCGUCCAUCCCCAGUAUCUGGGUCUGCAUUCCCUCUCCCAACAGCUUCGUCCUAGAUCCUGUCCUUCCCUCUCCCCAAACUACUGGCCAGCGCCCUUGCCUGUUACCCUGCUCUCCAUCCCUCCCUCCUGCAUCUUCUUCCCCCUGACCUCCUCUCGGGUCCCCCUUUUCCCAAGGUCCGGGUCGCUCCCCUCCGCUAGAUCCCGCCCCUCCAGGCCAGGGAUGCCCUCUGCAGCCCCGCGCCCAUGGUCCUGACGCUGCUCCUCUCCGCCUACAAGCUGUGCCGAUUCUUCGCCAUGUCAGGCCCACAGUCGGGCGCCGACCGCCUGCUGGAGCAGAUCCUGGUGGCUGAGAAUCGGGACCGGGUGGCGCGCAUCGGGCUGGGCGUCAUCCUGAACCUGGCAAAGGAACGCGAGCCGGUGGAGCUGGCUCGGAGUGUGGCCGGCAUCUUGGAGCACAUGUUCAAGCACUCGGAGGAGACGUGCCAGCGGCUGGUGGCGGCCGGCGGCCUGGAUGCGGUGCUGUACUGCGACACCAGCCAGGGCCGCGGGCCCGACGACCUGCAGCGCCUCGUGCCGCUGCUCGACUCCUCGCGUUUGGAGGCCCAGUGCAUCGGGGCGUUCUAUCUGUGCGCUGAAGCUGCCAUCAAGAGUCUGCAGGGCAAGACCAAGGUAUUCAGUGACAUCGGUGCCAUCCAGAGCCUGAAACGCCUGGUUUCCUACUCCACCAAUGGCACCACCUCAGCGCUGGCCAAGCGCGCGCUGCGCCUGCUGGGCGAGGAGGUGCCGAGGCCCAUCCUGCCCUGCGUGCCCAGCUGGAAGGAGGCCGAGGUCCAGACGUGGCUGCAGCAGAUCGGCUUCUCCCAGUACUGCGAACGCUUCCGGGAGCAGCAGGUAGAUGGCGACUUGCUUCUGCGGCUCACGGAGGAGGAACUCCAGACGGACCUGGGCAUGAUAUCCAGCAUCACCCGCAAGAGAUUCUUUAGGGAGCUCAGGGAGCUCAAGACCUUCGCCAACUACGCUACGUGCGACCGCAGCAACCUGGCUGACUGGCUGGGCAGCCUGGACCCGCGCUUCCGCCAGUACACGUACGGCCUGGUCAGCUGCGGCCUGGACCGCUCCCUGCUGCACCGCGUGUCAGAGCAGCAGCUGCUAGAGGACUGCGGCAUCCGCCUGGGCGUGCACCGCAUGCGCAUCCUCAUGGCCGCCAGAGAAAUGCUACACUCCCCUCUGCCCUGCACUGGCUGCAAGCCGAGUGGGGACAUUCCGGAUGUCUUCAUCAGCUACCGCCGGAGCUCAGGCUCCCAGCUGGCCAGCCUCCUGAAGGUGCACCUGCAGCUGCAUGGCUUCAAUGUCUUCAUUGAUGUGGAGAAACUGGAAGCCGGCAAGUUUGAGGACAAGCUCAUCCAGAGUGUCAUGGGUGCCCGCAACUUUGUGCUGGUGCUGUCAGCCGGGGCCCUGGACAAGUGCAUGCAGGACCAUGACUGCAAGGACUGGGUGCACAAGGAGAUCGUGACUGCUUUGAGCUGUGGCAAGAACAUUGUGCCCGUCAUUGAUGGCUUCGAGUGGCCAGAACCGCAGGCCCUGCCCGAGGACAUGCAGGCCGUGCUCAGCUUCAACGGCAUCAAGUGGUCCCACGAGUACCAGGAGGCCACCAUUGAGAAGAUCAUCCGCUUCCUGCAGGGCCGCUCCUCCCGGGACUCGUCUGCAGGCUCUGACACCAGUUUGGAGGGUGUUACACCCAUGGGCCCGACUUAACCAGUCCCCAGUCCCCACGUCCUGCUGUGACCCCCAUUUCCAUGGUCUCCCUGGAAGGAGCAGCUCCGCACACCGGCCUCCCUGGGCUGAGACAGCCUGGGCCCUUCUCAGGAAAUGGCUCUCCCUCUCCCAGACCCCCAUGGGCCACCUCAAACCCAGCUUCCUCAGUAUCCAGAAAGGGAAGCGAGGCAUUGGGGGUGGUAAGGGUUAGACCACCCUGAAGCCCUGCCACCAGGUUCUCUGUCUCAGGUGUGGGAGGGUCACGGAUCAGUUCUGGAGACACUGAAGAGCAAGGGUUCGCUGCACACAACCCCCUCUCCUGCCCUGACAUCAGCCAGCUUGAGUAGGGGACGUCAGGCAGCCUCUGACAGGAAUUCAGGCAAUGCCCAGCCCUCCCAGCCCAGCGGCCUGGGCCUGGGAACCAGCAGGGAUAAAAGUCCACUGGUGGCUCUCCACCUACACUGCGCUGGUCCCCAGGCUCACCACUUCCUGCCGCCCUGUGGCCUUGCCCUGGAAUCACUCAGUGUCCUUAGCUGACCUGGUCUGGUCCCAAGUCCCUUCCUAGCCUCCCUGAGGCACAGCCUCUCUCGCCACAUCCUGGGUCGGGAUUGGCCUGAGCCAGCCCCUCCUCUGGCUGCUUUGCAGCUGCGGCUGGGUUGGAAGCACUCACAGGUACAUGGCACUCCCUGCUCGGGCCUGGGCAGGGGCGACCAUGUCUCAAAGGGCUGCCAGCCACCCUCCCAUGCCUUGGUGCUGUGCCUCAGGCUCCUGCCCCCCCUGGCUCAGCUGGCCUCCCCAGCCCCUCCCAGCAGUAGCCUGGGCAGAGCCUGCAGCUCCUUGGGAGGAGGCAGUGUCCUGAGGAGGGGCAGGGGGUACAUUCAAACCACCUGGGAAUUUUGUUACAAUUCCAUUCAGGCGACCUGGGGUGGGGCCUGGAUUUCUGCAUUUUUGAUUCCCAGGUGAGCCCAUGAUGGUGGUCAAGAAAUGACACUUUAGCCAGGCUCUGAAAUACAAACCCCUCACCCCCCUUUACCAGCUCCCCGGCACCCCGCUCCAUGGUCUCCGCAAUCAUCAGAGCCAUUUUACGUUAUCCGGUGUGAUCUCCGUUUUACCGAAGAGUCAAAUGAUGUGCCAUUUUCUAAGCCAUGAGUGGCAGCCCAGGAUGCAGACCUGGCCUCCUGGUGCUCAGCCCACUGCUGGUGGCACUGCCCUCCUGAGAAUCAUUCUGGAGGCUGAGACCCGGCUGGGCUGCCGCUCCACAGACAGCUGGCUUCUUCCCUGCCCCAAAGAAUCUAGAAGUGGGGAUAGGUUUUUGAACGAGGGGCUCUACGGACAUAAAUGAGCAGGAACACCCCUCUGCCCCUUCCUCCAGGAGGGUAGGAAGGCUCCAGCUAACCAGGCCUGCCUCUUCCCUCUUGAGUAGCGUGUUCGCACCUGAAGGCUGGCUCAGCUCCCAGAGUGCCUCCUGCAGGUGCUGGCCAGGUCACUCUUAGCUCUUGAGCCACAUGGUCAGGAAGUCAAAGGUCUCACUCCCCCCUCGGUACUUCUUCCACUCCCCUCCCUGCCAAAGACACUGUUUAGCUGGCCCUAGCCCCAACUCUGGCUUUGACUGCACUUCCUCGUUCAUGCCAACAGGGGGCCCACCGCUGCCAGGCCCUGGCUCUGAUGGUGACUAAGGCAGACUAGACAUUGCCCUCACAGAGCAGACAGUAACAAUACAGUGUAGCGAAUACCC